AAUUUUAUAAAGAAGAAGAUGGAAUAAGGAGCGGAGGAAUUGAAAAGGGGAAGGACGUGCAAAGUUAAGGGAGACACGUAGAACGCACAAGUCAUGUUUUCAGUUUUAUAAGUUAAAAGAAUCCAUGCGACUUUCUUCCUUCUUUCUCCCUUGUUCCACAUUUUAUAUUUUCAUUAUUUUCGCAUCCCAUCCUCUAAUGUUGGCCUUUUUCCAAAUAUUUUUGGUACGUUCAUAUUCGCAUCAAUAGCUUUUUAAAUAUAUAUAUAUAUAUAUAUAUAUAUUUGAGAAGAUCGAGUAGGUUUUUGAAGAACAAUAUGAUUUGCUGUGGAGGUGCUGAAGAAGACAGUUAUAUCAGCGGUCCACCGGUUAAUCAAAAUACCGCACCUCCGAAAGCCGGCAAUCCGCAAUCUUAUGGUGCUGCAGGUAGUGAAAGAGGAGAGGCAAGAAGUGGUGGUGCUGCUCCUAAGAGUGGAGCUCCUCAAAAAAUUUUACCUAUUGAGGUACCAGAAAUGUCUUUGGUUGAGCUAAAUAGACUUACUGCCAAUUUCGGGAAGAAAGCUCUGAUUGGAGAGGGAUCUUAUGGACGCGUUUUUGCUGCUAAAUUAAGCAACGGCCAACAAGCAGCAAUAAAGAAAUUGGAUACUACUUGUUCACCAGAACCAGAUUCUGACUUCACCGCCCAGUUAUCAAUGGUUUCAAGACUUAAGCACGAGCAUUUUGUAACACUGUUGGGAUGUUGCCUCACAGCAAACAAUCGGAUCUUGGUUUUUGAGUUUGCAACGAUGGGCUCGCUGCAUGAUGUAUUACAUGGUAGAAAAGGAGUACAAGGUGCUGAGCCUGGUCCAGUUCUUACUUGGAAUCAGAGAGUUAAAAUUGCUUAUGGUGCAGCUAGAGGCCUUGAAUAUCUACACGAAAAAGUUCAACCGCCAAUUAAACAUCGGGAUGUCAGAUCCAGCAAUGUACUACUGUUUGAUGAUUUUACUGCAAAAAUUGCUGAUUUCAACUUGACAAACCAGUGUUCGGACACAGCAGCUCGUCUGCAUUCAACUAGAGUACUGGGGACAUUUGGGUACCAUGCUCCAGAGUAUGCUAUGACAGGACAGAUAACACAGAAAAGUGAUGUUUAUAGUUUUGGAGUUGUUCUGUUAGAACUUUUGACAGGAAGGAAACCAGUAGAUCAUACAAUGCCAAAAGGGCAACAGAGUCUUGUCACAUGGGCGACUCCACGACUAAGUGAAGAUAAAGUAAAGCAGUGUGUAGAUCCUAAGCUAAACAAUGAGUACCCUCCAAAGGCAAUUGCUAAGAUGGCAGCUGUUGCAGCACUUUGUGUUCAAUACGAGGCAGAUUUCCGCCCAAACAUGACAAUUGUCGUCAAGGCACUGCAACCACUACUCAAUGCAAAACCAGCAGGAGCACAACCGCAUGCAUAGAUACAAACAAACACUACAUUCUUCAUUCAAACAAAAAGGAAUUCUUCAGUUAUUCUAUUAGUUGUAGCAGAUCAUAUGCUUUGUUUUUUUCUUUUGAUCCACUCUGUUUCAACAUUUUGCAUAAAGUUAAAUAUUAUAUUUUUGGUAA